AUCACUCCUAACCUAGUGUCUACCAUUGAAUGACAGUGAAUACCACACAUUCACGGUGUAUAUCACGUGAUGUGCUUACCUGCUACUUUUUCCUGGAAAACAGGGUUAUGACUUACAAAUAACAUGAAGGGUGUAACGUUGAGAGUAUGGUUAACGUCAAACUAGUAAGCUAGUCAAACGAUUACCCUGAACAAAUGGCACCGACAAGCAGAAACCUAUAUCAUCCUGAACUUAAUGUGGUUUUCAAUAGAAACAACACGCAUGACUAACAGACUAUUACCUCAUAUUUUACUUUGAAUUAUAUGAUAGUUGAAUGUUAAAGAGAAUGACUUACUUUACAUAUUUAACCCCAAAUGAUACAAAUGUCUGAAACUAGGUUAUUGUGUUGAUGUAUUUGUCUGUCAGUAGUGUAGUGGUUAUUCAGGAGGUGAGCGCAUAAACCACACGUGCAGCAGUAGAGCUUCAGUGAUAUUUUGUGUCUUAAACUCUCUUACAGUGAAUAUUAAACAUCAAGAAUGCUGCAGAAUCACAUCUGUAGAUCAGUUUUGCUGUAUUUAUGUUGGUGGCGAUUGGACAUUGUGUUUGGUGAUGAAGUGAAGUCAGUGUUAGUGAUGGAGGGAGAUUGUGUUACUCUUCAUACUGAUAUUACUGAACUACAGGAGGACGAUGUGAUCGAGUGGAUGUUUGGUGUUGAGAGUCCAGAUAAGAUCAUAGCUGAAUUCAUUAGAGAAGACAAAACAACAUCAUUUAAUGAUGAGAGAUUCAAGAAUCAUUUAUAUGUGAAUCAUCAGACUGGAGAUCUCAUCAUCACAAACGUCACAAACAAACACACUGGAGUUUAUAGAGUAGAGAUCAACAGACAACCUUCUGUCAUCUUCAAACACUUCAAUCUUACUGUUUAUGCUCGUCUGCCAGUUCCUGUCAUCAGCAGUAACUCAUCACAAUGUUUAUCAUCAUCAUCAAACUGUGUGUUGUUGUGUUCAGUGUUGAAUGUGAGAGAUGUGAGUCUGUCCUGGUAUAAAGGAAACAGUUUAUUGUCCAGCAUCAGUGUGUCUGAUCUCAACAUCAGACUCUCUCUUCAUCUGGAAGUUGAAUAUCAGGAUACAAACACAUACAGAUGUGUAGUCAACAAUCCCAUCACAAAACAAACUCAACAUCUCUACAACAUCAAGAAUCUCUGUCAGACGUGUUCAGAUGGUGUCGACUGUUGUGGUUUUACUGAAACUGUGAUACGAUUGGUCGUCUCUGUUCUGGUGGGCGUGGCUGCUGUUGCAUUUUGAUUUAUGACAUCAGAUCCAGAUGAGAAUCACCAUCAGUUUCUGAUAAAGAUUUUCUACAACAAAAAUGAUCUUAGUUUUGCUUUUUCUUCAAGAAUAUUUGUAAAUCAGUUUUAAACUUUUGUUAAAAAAUAAUUUAGACGUUUUUAGGGUUUUUAUCUCCAUUAACAAACAUCUAAAUGUUAAUUCUUGCUCUUUGGAAGCUGACAUUUAUUUUGCAAAAAGAUU